AUGGAGUGGUUAACCAAGAGAGUCGCAAGCUUCUACUCGCCCUCAUGCACCACUAUCUGCUCCACCCCCACUUGUCUCCCUCCUCUACCAGUAGCUCCUCUGCCAGAAAUCAAAUCCGUGCAGUGUGCAGGUUGCGAUCUACCAUGUGUCCAUCCCUCCGUCCCAACCACUCUCAACAUCGACCAUUUACGACCACUCCGCAACACUGUGCCUCCAUACGCAAUCCACUUGAUUCUAAUGACCGGCAAGUCAACCUGGCCUGCUCACAUUGAAGACGAAGGAAUGGCACAAGCACUUAUCAACGCAAUCAAUCUUCGAAAAAGCCAAAAGCAAAAACCAGACACUCCUCGUACAGACACCUUCAGACCAGCCAAUGCAACUGAUACUCAACUGAGUGAACGAAUUCUGGUCACCAACUGCUCUCUUCCAUCUGUUUAUUCAUCCCAACGCAAUUCGAUGGAUAUCUUACUGAUGCCCGAUAACGUAUUGAUUGCGAAUGUUACUCCACACAGGGCAAAUGAACUUUUGGACUAUGUCUUGGGAAAACCACAUGUAUUUGAAACCUUUCCAUGGUCCUCUGCCAGUCUGGUCCUGGUGUGUGGACAUGGUGCCAAGGACAGGCGGUGUGGUACAAUUGGACCUAUGCUGAAAGAAUCUCUGGAUCAGGCUCUUGAAGUUGAGGGAAUUCGAACCCAGGUAGCACUUGUCAGUCACUUGGGAGGACAUGCAUUUGCCGGAAACCUGGUUAUUUAUCUUCACAAUGGUCAGAGAGCCAUUUGGUACGGUAGGGUUACUCCCUGUCUGUGUCCUGAUAUCGUACAACAGUCCAUGGCUCAAGACAAGGUGAUUGAUACAUUGGUGAGAGGAGUAUUUGAGGCCGGCACAACCAAUGUUCCUCAAAAGUGUUUACCAGCAUCUUUAGAAUGGUGA